AUGACUUUGCCGUCUAUGGACUCGACAUGGGGCCUUCACUGGCGCUCAUCGGCAUGGUUCAUCGUCACCGCGAUUAUCAUAGCCCUCUUCACCGAUACAUUCCUGAAUAGCUUCAUCGUCCCGAUCCUUCCGUAUAUGAUUGAGGACCGGAUCAGCUUAGACCCUUCGCGCACGCAGAGUAUAAUUACCUGGCUGUUCUUUGAGAGCGCUGCUGUCAGUCUGCUUCUAAGAAUGCCGUUGGCGCAUUUUGCAGACAAGUCUACGUCGAAGCGGAAGUGGUUCAUGUGGGCGCUGGUCAUCGCUCUCACUAGCACGAUUGCAACGGCAGCCUCGUCUUCUUUGGCUGUACUGUUCGUCAGUCGGUUCGUGCAGGCUUUCGCCAAUAGUAUCAUGUGGGUUGUGGGAUACUCGACAUUAGCUGCCACAGUUCCGAUUCAACACACAGCCAAAGUAUACUCUGUUGUGUCUGUUGCAAGCUCGCUAGGUGCCUCCAGUGGACCCAUGCUAGCUGGAAUGUUGUUCCAACUAGCAGGGUACUGGAUGGCAUGGACCUUGGCGUUUGCAAUCAUCGCCGUCGACAUCAUAUUUCGUCUAUUGAUGGUUGAGAAACCCACUGUCGAGGAACCAGUGACUGUUCCUGCUGUAGACCCUGUCGUCAAACAAGACUCCCCUUCAGAACACUCACCCCUUCUCUCAUCCCGACGUUACUCUAACAGUUACGAUACCACCACCCCUCAAAAGCACCCCCAGCCAGCACCAAACUUCUACAAAUGCCUCUUCGGAAAGCGCAACUACACCGCAGGCCUAUGGUGCGCCUUCAUAUUCGGCAUCAUAUUCACAGCAUUCAAUGCCACCGUGCCUCUCCACGUCCGGGACAAAUUCCAAUGGGGCGGAAUGAAAUCAGGACUGAUCUUUGCAGCGCUACAAUUUCCCCGUCUCCUAAUGUCCCCCUUCGUGGGCUGGCUGAAAGACCGCAUAGGAACACGCAUCCCAACAGUGUAUGGAUUCGCCGCACUGACUCCAUUGCUUUGGCUCUUGGGUAUUCCAGGAAGUGGGCUAUACCAAUGGGCAGAUACCAAAGACCGAGGACCAGCUCUGUAUGUGCUUACUAUGAUUCUGAUUGGUAUGAACACUAGCUUUUUGAACGGGGCAGGAAGUAUCGAAGCGACUAUUGCAGCCAAUGAGCUGGAAAACGAAUACCCCGGGGCAUUUGGUCCCGGUGGUGGUAAGGCGCGUGCUAUCGCUCUCUCUGGUGUCUCGUUUAUUUUGGGUUCUUGUGUUGGUCCUGUCCUGGCUGGAGUACUCAAUCAGGAAUUCGGGUACUAUACGAUGAAUUGCGUUAUCGCCUCAUUAUCUGCUCUGAGUGCCAUCGUGGCGUAUACUUCCCUCCCAAAGAGAAGAUCCACAAACGCGUGA